AUGACAGAGAGUAUGCUCAACCAUGGAAGGAGUUCGUCCGGUGACGCUUCACUGAAUGACUUUCAAGAGGAUUGUAUCAGCUGGGAAGACUCGAGUGCAACACAGCUUACUUCCCCAAGUUGCUGCAGCUCAUGUGACGGGGAAGCACUUAGUCAAACUGGCCCAGUCCCAAAGCAAGUGACCUUUGCCGAGCACGUCGAUGUGGCCAAUCUGAGUUCCAUGUACUCUAGCUCCGUCAGUUCGGGGAGCCAAGCGCAAGGGGUGGAAGAAACCUCAUAUGACGGAUUCCAGCAAGCUGUCGACACUUUGCAUCCGGUGGUCAAACUAAAACCGUUUGUUCAAGUAAGGUUAUCUGCUAGUAUCAUUAGAAUUUUAAUACUUUAA